UAAACUCGCCUCCAAUGCAGAAGAUCAUUACAUCAACAGCACGAUUUUAAAAAGUGUGACAGGUUUGUCCACACAACUGUAAUAUAAGUUAUAUAUAUGUGAAAUAAUUCAGCGGUAAUUGUAAAAUAUGGCUAUGGCAACAAGCAGUAAUUCUUCAAAACUAGAUUUUGAAUCUAUCCUUGAGAAACAGAAACAGGGUUAUUAUAAAGAUUAUGAUUGGCUGUCAAGCAGACUAAGUGAUCCUGAAAUAGAGACAUCAGAGCUACAGACUUACAUUAGGAGCAUUAGAAAGUGUGUGACUCAUCUUGACAGAGAUUAUGAAGUUUUGGUUGGAAUUAUGUUGAAACUGAACUGGGCAACUAGAGAAUCAUGCCUCAUAAAAGAAUAUCAAGCUUUUUUACUGAAUUUAGUAUCAGCUCACACAUACUAUCUUAGAGCUGGAGUUAGGAUGCUUGUCAAACAUUUUAUGUCACAUCUUACCAUUGUUACUAAGACAGGAGAUAGUGGUGAUAAAAAUGUUGAGAUAACAGUUGAUGAUUCUCUGAGACAGAAACAUGAUUUAAUGUUUGUAAAUGUCCACCUGGUUCUUAAAGCCAUUACACAAAUAGUACCUAUGACUCCCAAAGUAUUAAUACCAUUACUGGGUGAGCUGUUUCCAUUCUUCAAUAAGGAUGUUUAUAUACAGGAAUGUUAUGUCAAAAAUCUCUUGCAGAUUACACAUUAUUUACCAAAGAUGAGGCAAAAAAUUAUGGAAAUUGUGAUUGAAAGAUUACUAAAGUUUGAUGUGAGAUCCCCUAGAGAAGAAAUAGAAGAAUUACAGAGAGAGGAGGAUGAAGACAUGGAAGACAUCAUAUUUGAAAUGGAUGAUGUCUCAGUACAGAAAGAGAUAGUAUCGUCAGUAGAUAUGCUGUCAAUAGUAGAAACAGUACCAAUGUCACAUAAAGAAGGACAUAAAUUAGAUGUUCUAAUGGAGAUCACAUUCAGAUAUAUACAGAAUUCAUGUUACUCUGAAGGAGAGUUAGACUGGGAAGCUACCAAGUUAUUGUACAGAGAAUUGUUACUGAUAUUUGAGACAUUAAUUUUACCUACCCACGCAUCCUGUCAUGUUCAGUUUAUUAUGUUUUAUAUUUGUAGUUUAAAACAGCCAAUUUGUGAAGGAUUUUUAGAUUAUUUAUGGAAGAAAGUGCAGGAUCCUAUUGCCCAACCUGUAUAUAGACAGAUAUCUGUAUGUUAUAUGGGAAGUCUUCUUUCCAGGGGAAUAUUUGUCCCACUAAGUACUGUAAAAACAUGUUUAGAAAUGAUGUGUAAUUGGAUACACAAGUAUUUGGACCAGACAGGAGAUGUGACCUUAUUUGCAGAUGUCACACAUCAUGGGCCAUUUUAUGCUGUUGUUCAGGCCAUACUUUAUGUUUUUGUAUUUAGGAACAAAGAUAUAUUUGAAUCUUGCAAAGGUUUAAAAUGGGCAGAAAAAUUGAACUUUCAGAGAAUAGUUACCUGUCGACUUAACCCAUUGAAGUUUUGCCUACCUGUGGUUGUACAGACCUUUGCUUCAGUUGCAAGGAGUCACCAGCUUGCUUUCUGUGAUACUAUUAUAGAAAGAAAUAACAGACAAGUACUACCAGUUGCCUGUACCAAUGGUAACUCAGAUUUUGGAGGGAAAAUCCUGGAUUCUUUCUUCCCUUUUGAUCCUUAUAUAUUAAGCAGGUCAAGGAAAUAUAUAUUACCAUUAUACAGAGAGUUUCAAGGUUCUAUAGAGGAAGGAGAAGAUGAAGAAGAGAAUGAAGAAGAUGAUUUCAUUACAGAAGAUAUUAUAUCACCUUCAAUUGGAAAGUUCACAAUAGGAAGUUUGAGUAAGACACCAUCAGAUUUAAUGGAAUAUGGAGUGUCACCAGGUUUUAAGCAUGUUCAAGAUAUGACUUGAUAUGAGAUUGGGAUGUGAGUGUCAUCUCUCACAUGGCAUAUUUGGUUAUAAUGUUAGCAUUACCAUUAGCAGAUAGAGAUAUAGAUUGGUCUGUGAUUAGAAUUUAUGUGAAAUAUCUUAACAGACAUCAGCAUUGUGCAUCACAUUUAUUGAGAACUUCAUUGAAAGCUGAAUUUCCUGAAAUACCAAGACAAACUGAAAUAGAAAUUUUUAAGAUAGUAUUUGUUUUAUUUGUUUAAUAAGAUUUAAUUAUUGUUAUAAUAUAAUGUGAUAUUUAUUAUAUAUGUUAUUCUUAUGGCCACAAUUCUUUGUCUUUGCCUUCUUUAUUAUUUUUUCAAAAUAACGUCUCAUCCCUUUUAAAUUUUCUUCCUGUUUAGAGAUAAUAUGCUUGUAUUUUCUUGGAAUUAUUAAAUAAACCCAUGUUGAACGAAAGUUUCACUAACUUACCUGCAAAAUUUAUGUGAGGAUAUUUGCUCAGGCAUUUUAAAUUAAGAUUAUAAUCUGAAGACAAUAGAUUGGCCAGAGUUUUAGUCGGUUUACAAUAUAACAGUAUUUGAUAGUCUUACUUACCAUCUAUAGCAUACAAAAUUCUGACCCAAUUGUAAUUUGUUUCAUCAAAUCAAACUGCUAAACUUGUCAGAAACUUCAACUCAAUACUGUAAAGAAACCACAGUUAUUGAAACCAAAGUUUAAAAAAAAAAUAUACUACAUAGAUUGAUUUGUUAAAACUAAUUAAAAUUGAAUUGCAAUAGGUGAAGAGAAACGGUUAUAAUUAAGUCACAGUAAAUAAAAUCUAAAAUGAUGUUAACCUGCAUUUUUGCUCAUCUGGCUUGUUUGAGCUUUUGCUGUUACUUGGCAACCAUCAUCUGUUUUUCUUGCAUGUUGAGCAGCAAGAGUAGGUCUAGUUUAUUGCUCCAUCUGUCCAUCUGUCUGUUUGAAACACACAUAGAGGGUAACUAAUUUGUCUCAUGUAUAACUUGAACAUUUUCCUUUAGUGUUAUUCAAACUUUGUUCCUUGAUUUGCACUCAAAGUAAAGAUAUGUACUUCCAAUUUCAAUCAUAUUUUUAGAAUGACAAAAUAUCAGCUUUCCCAUAUCAUUUUUGUCAUUAAAAGAUUAACAUGAUACCCAUUUGAAGUUACAUGUUACUUCAAUGGCGUUCCUUCAUCAUUAUUCAGAUGUUACCAAUUAUUGCAUACAUAUUACAGAAAUUCAUCUUUUGUUUUUGACGUAUUUGAAUUAUGUUCUUUCUCAGCUUUUCAACAUUUUGUACCUAGUCAUUUUUGUCAUUGAUAUUAUAAAAGGUAGGCUAGUUGUCAUAGAUCUCCAGAUCUCCAAAAGAUUUCUAUCAACAUGAUUCUAACUUUUCAUUUUUAACCAUAUGGAGAAGUUUCAAAAUUAACAGAACAUCGUUUUAUAUAUUUUUGUUUUCCAAGCAUAUACUUGUAGGUAAGAGUAAGUAUUAAUUCUGAUCCAGUUUUGAAAUUUCUGAAAAAUUGGUAUUAAGCUCAUGAAAUUGAGGGGAUUCAGCAGGAUUUAGGGUUGUAGAGAGGGCAUUGUUUAUAAUGGUUAUCAAUUAACCAAUGCAGGCACCAAGAGUCUCCACUCAUUAUUUAAAGACUCUACAGUAUUCUUUUUCUGUCUUGCAAGAUUCAACCUCAAUUCUAUAGUAUCAUUUAUGAAUAAAGUUGUUUCAAAUAAAUAUAUAAUAUAUAUUGAUGUUAUUGAAAAGGUUUAUUUGAUAAAGCCAUGGUUGUUAUUUCUGAGUAUAUUCAUGAUAUUUAACAGUAGGAAACAAGAAAAUCGUACAUUUCACAACCCUUCUGAACAUGAAGUGCAUUUUUUUGUCGAGCGUGCGACUUUUGUUGCAGAAAGCUCGACAUAGGGAUAGUGAUCCGGCGGCCACGGCGGUGUUAGCUCACUUCUUAAAAGCUUUAUAUUUUAGAAGGUGGGAGACCUGGAUGCUUCAUACUUUGUAUAUGGAUGCCUCAUGUUACGAAGUUUCCGUCAGUCACAUGUCCAAUUUCCUUGACCUCAUUUUCAUGGUUCAGUGACUACUUGAAAAAAAAGUUAAAAUUUUUGUAAUGUUAAAUUCUCUCUUAUUAUAAGUAAAAGGAUAACUAUAUUUGGUAUGUGCGUACCUUGCAAGGUCCUCUUGCCCAUCAGACAGUUUUCACUUGACCUCGACCUUAUUUCAUGGAUCAGUGAACAAGGUUAAGUUUUGGUGGUCAAGUCCAUAUCUGAGAUACUAUAAGCAAUAGGUUUAGUAUAUUUGGUGUAUGGAAGCACUGUAAGGUGUACAUGUCCAACUGGCAGGUGUCAUCUGACCUUGACCUCAUUUUCAUGGUUCAGUCGUUAUAGUUAAGUUUUUGUGUUUUGGUCUGUUUUUCUUAUUCUGUAUGCAAUAGGUCUUCUAUAUUUUGUGUAUGGAAUGGUUGUAAGGUGUACAGGUCUACCUGGUAGGUGUCAUAUGACCUUGACCUCAUUUUCAUGGUUCAGUGGUCAAAGUUAAGUUUUGGAGUUUUGGCCUUUUUUUCUAAUACUAUAUGCAAUAGGUCAACUAUAUUUGGUGUAUGGAAAUAUUUCAUGAUCUACAUGUCAGUCGCACAGGUUUAAUUUGACCUUGGCCUCAUUUUUUACGGUUCAUUGCUCAGUGUUAAGCUUUUGUGUUUUGGUCUGUUUUUCUUAAACUAUAAGCAAUAAGACAAUUUUAUUUGUUGUAUGGAAGAAUUGUUAGCUGUACAUGCCUACCUGGCAUGGUUCAUCUGACCUUGACCUCAUUUUCAUGGUUUAAAGGUCAAUGUUUAGUUUUCUUGGUUUAUGUUAAGUUUAUGUGACAGUUGUAUUAAUGCUUUAUUAUUAUUACUAUCAACAUAAUAUCAAUGAUUAUUAAAGAAGGCGAGACAUUUCAGUGUGUGCACUCUUGUCUCAUUAACCAAUCAAAAGGAACAGUUUUUAUUCUGGUGGAUUCCUUAAUCAAAAUUAAAAAUAUUUUGGUGGAUACUAAAAUGAUAAAAAGUU